CGCUGAAAAUAUCUCAGCUGCAACGGAUCCAGUGGUGUCCAAAUGUCGGGAUGGAAGAUGUGUCGCGGAGUGAGGUGACUGAGGAGUCGACGCCGAAGGAGGUGCUCGCCGCCGGGGGAGUGUCCAGGAGUCGGCGACCAGGGUCAGGGCAGAGUCGCUAUGGACAUAGGCGUAGCCCCAACACUGGCCACCGGGUGAGAAGGAACAAGACUCCGGAGCCAAACUUUGUAACUCCGCCAGAGCUCGAGGCUGCUGAGAAAGAGAAGAAGGAGCGAGUCAAGAGGAGUCUCUCAUCCCCCGGAGAUGUCCGGGAGCCUGGACACAAACGGAUAUCAAGUUCCGAGGAUGACGAUGAGAGGAAAUCGAGGAAAACUACGAGACCGAAAAACGACCCAACGAAAUCUAAACUAGAGUCUUCAAAGCGAUGGUCUGCAGUACCUCUAACCCCGUUGGACAACGGAAACGAUGUGAGGACAAAACUAGAAACACCUAAACCGGCGUUGAGAACUCGGAGCAAAUCCAGAGGACGUGAAGAGAAAGAUGAUAAAAAUGAAGAGAAAUCCAGUUGGUGGAAAUCAUGGCCAAGCUGGACUCAAAGAAUAAGAGGGAAAUCUCUAGAGAGAGAACUUGGACAAAAAGAAAAGAUUGUUGUACCACCAAGGCGCAAUAGGAGUUUAGAGCGUCCUCCAGUAAUCAAAGAAAAAGAGAAAAGAGCCGCUAAGAAGGAAAAAGAAGAACCUCCUGUGGCGAAAAAACGAAGCAAAUCGAAAACACGAACGAUCAGUGACGAAGAAAGAAGGCCUAGCAUUGAGGACAGCAGUGAUGAGUUUUGGAAACCAGAAGAGAACCUGAGGAAAAGGCGUGUAGAAAAGAAGAAGGAGCCUGAAAAGAAGGUUUUAGCAAUUGAAGAAAAUCCUUCAGCAACUGAUGAUUCAAAGCAACUAGUGCUGGUAGAGUCAAAAGUUGAACAAAAGCCCAAAGAUCUAGAAGUAGAGAAGGGAAAAUCUGUUGUAGCAACAGAACCUGCAGAAAAAGCGUCAAUCAUCCAAGCCUUCAAGGAAAUCAAGCAAGAGUGGAGAUACUUCUUGAGGGACAAUCGGCGAGAACUGUGGAAGAUUAGGAACGCCGUGAACCGCUGCUUGCUUUGUUUUGUGGUACUAGUGAUAUACUGUGGGUGUGGAGCGUUCGUCUUUAGGUUCACAGAAGGGGCGUUCGAGUCUUUCUACAAGUGCGGAGUCAAAAGAGUGAAACGCGAAUUUGUAGACAAUCUUUGGCAGUCCAGUCACCACAUGAAGGAGGAGGAAUGGAAGUCUCUGGCGAGGAGGAAGUUGAUGGAGUUUGAGGAACAGCUUCACACAGCCUAUGAGGCCGGGAUGAUGUCCUACAGUGGCCUCAAGGCUUGGAGCUUCCUCAACGCGUUUAUAUACUGUCUAACUGUCGUCACAACAAUUGGAUAUGGGCACAUAUCGCCGUCGACGACGACGGGACGAGCAAUCACCAUUGUCUACGCCAUCUUCGGCAUCCCGAUGUUCUUGAUCCUGCUGGCUGACUUUGGCAAACUCUUCACCCGCGGUAUCAAGUUCAUCUGGGCAUUCGUGAGAAGAGUCUACUACACUGGAAGUUGUAAGAAAGUCCGCCGAACAGUUCCCAUGCAGAGUGCUAGUGCUAGAGCCAGCGGUGAACAUUUGGACAACGACGACGAAGACGAUGAAGAUGAUGAAGACAAGAACCAAGAGACAAUGUCUCUGACAGGCAACAAAGAUCCCGAGGUGAUGAAGGGGGUUCAGAUGGUCUACGACAUCGCCACCUUCCGCCGCCCCAGCCAACUGCCCCCGGGUGUGACCUUGGACGACGCGCCUCCCAUGCCGCCCCCACUGCCUCCAAAGACCCACACCCCCGGUGACCCUCCGGGCACUCCCGCCCUCUCCACCUUCGCCAUCGACGACGAGUUCAACCUCCCCAUCUCCGUCGCCAUCUUCAUCCUUCUGGUAUACAUCUUCUGUGGCGCCACCGUCUUCUACGUCUGGGAGUCUUGGGGAUUCUUCGAGUCCUUCUACUUCGUGUUCAUCUCCAUGUCGACCAUAGGCUUUGGAGAUUUCGUCCCUCAGGGUUUGAUCGAUGCACCCUUCGAUCCUGAUAACACUGAUAAGAAGACGCUGAUAUCACCGAACCAGAUGUAUAUGAUGGCGUCCAUAGUCUACCUAGUGUUCGGGCUGGCGCUCACGUCUAUGUGUAUCAACGUUGUACAGGAGAAACUGUCCGACUCUUUCCGCCAGGCCAGCGCGAAGAUCGGAGCCACGAUUGGACUACGGGUGGCCGAAGAAGACGGCACCGUGACGCCCGUAGCACCGGCGCCGGUUGAGAUUGCGGAGGUGCACAAGACGACGCCAACGCCGACGCACAAUCCAACGCCGUCAGCCUCCUAACGGCGUCGAAACGUCCGCACGGAGAGGCCUUCUACCUCGGCAACUACCGACCCAUCGCGCUACCAUUCACUUUUUGAAGGCACCGCUAAAAUCUGCUUUAAAAGUGUAACGACAGACCAUGAAGCCUUAUUGUAUUACUGUUAUGAAUGUAUCGAAUUGUAUCAAUUUUCAAUAUUUUUGUGCAAGAUUUAUUCGUAAAAUCUAUUGGGUGUAUUGAAAAGUUCUAAAUAAAUUUAACUGUCUUGAGAUUUGCCUUAAUGGGCAAGAUUCUGUAUAUGUUUGCUGUAACUUAAUUGUAAAAAGGUAUGACAGUCUAUUUUCUUUUGUGCUGAACAGCAAGUUGAAAAUGGAGGAGUAAGGUCAAAAACAAUAUGCAAGUGUCGUUCGAAAAAUUAGCCUAGGCUAUUAAAUUGUUAUACGUGAUAAAAACUAUUUGACCUUUUCAUAAACAACUUGAAUAAAUUACUGCACGUUUAAGUAAAAAAAAAGAAUAAAUAAUUUAUAUCCAUCGUUCUCAUCCAAUUUUAUUUGAUUUCGUUGUUUUACAACUUUACUGUGAGAAUUAAUGUUGCAGUAUAUAUCUUAAUAUAUCUUAAUAUCAACUUACGCUCAACUUUGCUUUAAAAUUUAUCAAAUAACAUAUAUUCAAACUAAAGUUAAUUGUAAUUAUUGUUAUAUGUUUGAAAUAAAUAGUAAAUUAACAUCAUUGAAUACUGUAUGUACACUCUUUAAAGAUGUAUUUUUGCUAACUAUUGUUAAUAGCAACAGUCUUUCAUUCUAUCAUUCAAUGAAGCCUUUUCUUUUAGAUUCUACCUUUGACUAGCAUCCAAUAGUCCAUAAUCCUACCAAAUAUAGUAAAUCACUAAGGAAAUAAACAAAAUGUCUUUAAAAGAUAUAAAACAGAAAUUUUUGUUGAAGACUAUUAUAGAUCGAUUAAUUUGUAUUAACGGUUUUCGUGCAGUCUUGCUACAAGUUAUACAUUACAAAUUGUAUUGAUAUAAAAUGAUUUAUUGGAUGUUGCAUCAGUUUUAGUUUAUUUGAAAGUAUUUAAUUUUUUUACUAAACUAUAUUUCCCAUUUUAAAUUGUAUAUUUUGUUAUUGUUUAGCUGCUCUUAACAAAAAGAAAUUACUAAAUGAUUCGUAUACACUUAAAUUUAUAUCAUUAGCAUCUAAAAAAUGUCAGUGUUUAUUUCAACACUGAAACUCGAAGUGCUUUCAAACUAAUAUUUUUAUAUGUUGAGAAAUCUAGUCUAUAUUAUAUAAAGAUAGAAAUUACGCUCCAAAAGCGUUGUUAAAGUUUGUAAACACUGUAAAUACUAACAUAAGCUUAAUAUAUUUCGGAUUUGCACAAAUCAGCAUAGGCUAUUAUAAUAUUAAAUUUACACUUAUCAAGCUUGCCAACUUAUAAGCUUUCACAUCAAUAAGAAGACGGAUUACAGAAUACAAUGAUUACUAAAAGCUUGAACCAAAUAAUUUCCAAUGAGACCACUGUUUCCUGCUAAGGUUAGUCAAGUCAAAGAAUGAAUAGUUUCUAUGGAGUCUAACGUUAUAAGGGUUGAUUUUGUAAAAUGUAAAUAGAAUAAAUAUUUUGAGUUUCAUA